GCCGAUUCAGAGACGUCUGCCUCAUAUUACUACUACUACUCUUUGUUAAGUCUUAUCAUUGACGUUUGACAAAGCAACAGUAGUCUGGGGAGUGCCGGGUGACAAGUAUCUUUUUACAUAGAUAACGUGACAAGUGCAGUAGCUUAUUAUUUGGAACAAAGAGGGAAAAAAUGGCUGUUGCUUGCGAUUCUAUAGAACCACUCUUACAAGAGCUGGUUUCUAACUUGAGACAUGUAGAGGAAGUUCUCUCAUUUGUUGGGAUAUACUACAUUGGAAAACUAACUCUUAGUGCUUUGUACAACGUAUUGGAUGGCAUGAGAAUCCAUGUUAUCUCCAAGCUUUUUGCACCCAAAUUAACGCAAAAGUAUGGCCAGUGGGCAGUUUUGGCAGGGAUCAACGGCAGAAUUGGAGAGGCUUUUGCCACUGAGUUUGCUAGAAAUGGUAUGAAUAUAGUUAUGUUGUCUAACUCACUUGAAGAAAUGAAGAAAAUAACACAGAAGAUUGGUAAAGAAUUUGGGGUUGAGACAGAGGUUUUGCAGAUUGAUUUCUGUAGUGGUCAGCCUGUAUAUAGCAAUAUUUACAAUUCCCUUAACCAGAAAGAUAUAGGAAUUUUGGUUAAUGAUUGUCGGAAGCUGGUGCCAGAUACCAAUAAUCUAGAAAAUAUCUCGGAUGAUGAUUUAUGGGGUAUGGUCCAUGCUAACAUUGGAGCAGUGCCAGCUAUGGCUAAAAUUGUUUUACCUGGCAUGAAGGAACGAAAACGUGGUGCUAUUAUCAAUAUAUCUUCCAUUGAAGGUUGCAGUCUGUUUCCAUUCAGGCAUAUAAACCCGGCAACUGAAGCAUUUGUUAACUCAUUCUCUCGAGCCUUGGAUUAUGAAUGCCGUUUUUCUGGAAUAACUAUACAGACACUUUUGAUGGGCCCUGUAUCAUUUUCAGCAGAUAAAAAGCAACUAUCAUCCUUCAUUUCAAGUAUCUUCAUACCACCAGCUUCAACAUAUGCAUAUCAUGCAGUUAGUACUAUUGGUUAUUCACAAAUUACUACAGGAUAUUGGGUACAUGGUGUUUUGGUAUGGCUCCUCAAGAGGAUUCCAGAGUCGCUAUUAAUAUGGUCGUAUGUCUUAGCAUUUAACUUUAAACAUUAUCAGAAGAUUGAUUAACUGUAUACAGAUAGACUUUAUUUGAAGGAAUUGUUUCUAGUACUGUACAGAUAGAUAUGAAUCAGUUAAUAUACUAAGGAGCACAGUACUGCACUGAAAGUACCUGUAUAUGUUUUUCCUUUGUUAGAUAGUAUAUUUGUAAAUUAUGUAUAUCAGUUAUUUUGUAUAUAAUAUGAGAGAGUUAAGGUUUUUCAGUUUCCCAAAUCAAAAUAAAAAGGACAAAAUUAAAAGGAGUAUGUAUCUCUUUUUUUAGUAUUUUCAUACAUAGCAUUAUAAAAUCAUGGAUACAAACUUUCUCAACUAUCAAAAGUUACAUCUCACCUGCUUUACAGCUGAAGCGGCCUUUUGAUUAUUUCCUGUGUGUUGUUUUGUUGUUUCUUUGUGUUUCAUUGUGCUAUUUUUUUUACAUGGUAUACAUAUUAUACAAUGAGAAGACACUAUUUCUGUUAAUGAGUAAACAUUUUAAAAUUUCAA